AUGCCGGCAGAGAUGAAGGCUGCAAUGUCGCUGGUGGGAAGCCAAGGCGUUGUCUCUGCCACCGAGGUCCUCCUGGCGGCUGCCGUCUUCUGCCUGGUCCCCCUGCUCAUCCAGUCCCUGCGGCAGCACGUGCCCCAGGGGCUGAAGAGCCCCCCGGGACCCAGAGGCUACCCCGUCCUCGGCAACGUGCUGGAGCUGAGGAAGGACACGCACCUGGCCCUGACCAGGCUGAGCCAGAAGUAUGGGGACGUGAUGGAGGUCAGGAUUGGCACCCGGCCCGUGCUGGUGCUGAGCGGGCUGGAGACCAUCAGGCAAGCACUGGUGAAGCAAGGAGAAGACUUCAUGGGACGUCCUGACCUCCACAGCUUCCAAUACAUUUCGAAUGGCCAGAGCCUGGCCUUCAGCCCCGACUCAGGGGAGGUGUGGAAAGCCCGCAGAAGGCUGGCCCGGAACGCCCUGAAGACCUUCUCCGUUGCCCCCAGCCCCACCUCCUCUUCCACCUGCCUCCUGGAGGAGCACGUCUCCAAGGAGGCUGACUACCUGGUCGCCAAGUUCCUGCAGCUGAUGGAGGAGGAGAAGAGCUUUGACCUUAACCGCUACCUGGUGGUCUCUGUGGCCAACGUCAUCUGCGCCAUCUGCUUUGGCAAGCGUUACGACCACAACGACCAAGAGCUGCUCAGCUUGGUGAACCUCAACAAUGAAUUUGGGGAUGUGGCUGCUUCUGGCAACCCCGCUGACUUCAUCCCCGUGCUCCAGUACCUUCCCAGCCGCACCAUGCAGCUCUUCAAGGACAUCAACAGGCGUUUCAGCUUCUUUGUGCAAAAAAUUGUCCAGGAGCAUUACACCAGCUUUGAUAAGGAGCACAUCCGGGACAUCACGGACUCGCUGAUUGAGCACUGCCAGGAGAAAAGUGUAGGAGAGGAUGCCCGCAUCCCACUCUCCAAUGAGAAGAUCAUCAACAUCGUCAACGACCUCUUUGGGGCGGGCUUCGACACUGUGGCAACUGCCUUAUCCUGGAGCCUCAUGUAUGUCGCCUUGUACCCUGACAUCCAGAAGAAGAUCCAGGAAGAACUAGGUGAGACCAUCGGCCGGGAGAGGCGACCGAGGCUGUCGGACCGGGGCACGCUGCCCUACACAGAAGCCUUUAUCCUGGAGAUGUUCAGGCACUCAUCCUUCCUGCCCUUCACCAUCCCGCACAGUACGACAAAAGCGACGGCGUUGAACGGCUAUUACAUCCCCAAGAAUACCUGCGUGUUUGUCAACCAGUGGCAAGUGAAUCACGAUGAGAAGCUUUGGAAAGACCCUUCAACCUUCAACCCCGAGCGGUUCCUCAACGCCACGGGGACCGAAAUAAGCAGGACGGAGAGCGACAAAGUGAUGGCUUUUGGCUUGGGGAAGAGGAGGUGUAUCGGGGAGUUCAUCGGCCGGUGGGAGGUCUUCCUCUUCUUGGCCACCAUGCUGCAGCAGCUGGAGUUCAGCCUCCGUCCCGGGGAGGAGGUGGACAUCACCCCUCAGUACGGGCUGACAAUGAAAUACAAGAAAUGCGAGUGCUUCCAGAUCAAGAAGCGUUUCCCCGCGAAGAGCUCGCCGUGA